AUGAUCCAGCUAGCAAAGCAACUCGUCAACCACGACCACCGACUCUCAGCUACAAUCUGCCUCAUCCCCCUGCCAUCCGGCAACAACACCAAUCUCACCGCCGGCGACGACUCUCGAGUCCGAUUCGUCAACCUCCCCGCCGUGAAACCGCCUCCGGACACCGAUCCAGCCCGAUUCCUGCCCACCAUCCUCGAGGGCUCGAAGCGCCACAUCAAGGAAUUAGUCGGAUCUGACGUCGCCCGACUCGCCGGGUUCGUCGUCGACAUGCUCUGCUGCACGGCGAUGAUGGAUUUGGGUAGCGAGCUCGGUGUUCCUCCCUAUGUCUUCUACCCAUCGGGGGCGAAUUUCCUCGGGUUCAUGCUCGAAUUGCAGGCGCUCCACGACGAAGGGAAGCUCGGGGACUUGGCCGAGCUCAAGGACACGGAAUCCGAGAUGGCGAUUCCGAGUUUGGAGAAGCCGCUCCCCUGUAAGUUCCUGCCGUCCGUCGUCGUCGAGAAGGAGUGGCUUCCCCUGCUUAUUGACAACACCCGGAGAUUGCGGGAAGCCAGGGGUAUUGUGGUAAAUACGUUCCUGGAGCUGGAAACCUAUGCUUUAGGCUCGGUCUCGGUUGCCGGGAACCCUCCGGUUUACCCGGUCGGACCGCUGCUGAAUCUGAAUUCGGCUCGACCGGAGGAGGAGGAGGAGGAGGAGUACAAGGAGGUGAUGGAGUGGCUGGACGGCCAGCCGGCCGGGUCCGUGGUGUUCCUCUGUUUCGGGAGCAUGGGGAGCUUCGCGAAGGAGCAGGCGACGGAGAUUGCCGCGGCGCUGGAGCGCGCCGGUCAUCGUUUCCUGUGGUCGCUCCGGCGGCCUUCGGAGAUGGGGAUUACGGGAGUACCGGGCGAGUACGAGAAUUUCGAUGAUGUGUUGCCGGGAGGGUUUUUGGAUCGUACGUCUGGGGUUGGGAAAGUGAUCGGGUGGGCCCCGCAGAUGGCCGUGUUGGGUCAUCAGUCGGUGGGAGGGUUCGUGUCGCACUGCGGGUGGAACUCGAUGCUGGAGAGCGUGUGGUUUGGCGUCCCGAUCGGGGCUUGGCCGAUGUACGCGGAGCAACAGCUGAAUGCGUUUCAGUUCGUCGAGGAUCUGGGGUUUGCGGAAGAGAUCAGGAUGGAUUACCGAUGGGGUAGUGGGAAGAUAGUGACGGCGGAGGAGAUCGAGGGAGGGAUACAACGACUGAUGACGACGACUGGAAAUGACAGUAGGACGAGGAAGACGAUGAAUGAAAUCAGUGAAAUGAGCAAAAAGACAUUGGUGAAUGGUGGCUCGUCGUACUCUUCUAUGACUCGUUUUAUCCAAGAUAACACCACAACGGCGGCCGAGCUCGUCUUCGUCCCCGCGCCAGCCGCCGGCCACCUCUUCUCCGCGGUGGAGCUAGCUAAGCAACUCGUCACCCACGACCAACGACUCUCGGUCACCAUCUGCGUCACCACCAUGCUCACCGCCGGAUUCAAAGCCGCCAUCGAUCCCACCGCCGACGACUCCUCCGUCGCCUCCCGAAUCCGAUUGAUCGAUCUCCCCAUCGUGAAACUCCCUCCAAACACCAAUCCCAGCGAAACCCUGCCUUACAUUCUCGAAGCCUCCUCUGCCUCCAUCAAAAAAAUCGCCUCCGACAUCAUCCGACGCCGGACCGAGUCGAGCGGCGACUCGCCCAGGCUCGCCGGAUUCGUAAUCGACAUGUUCUGCACGAGGAUGAUCGAUGUGGCCGGCGAGCUCGGCGUUCCUUGCUACGUUUUCUACACAUCGGGGGCGAAUUUCCUCGGGUUCAUGCUUCACUUGCAGGCGCUCCGCGACGAGGGAAAGCUCGGAGACUUGGCCGAGAUGAAGGAUAACGAAUUCGAGAUGGCGAUUCCGAGUUUGGAGAAACCUCUCACCUGUAAAUGCCUUCCUUCCGCCGUCGUCGAGAAGGAUUGGCUUCCCCUGCUCAUCGACAACACCCGGAGGUUACGAGAGGUCAGGGGAAUCGCCGUAAAUUCGUUCCUCGAGCUGGAACCUCACGCAAUCGACUUCCUCUCCACCGGCGGGAUCAUCCCUCCGGUUUAUCCGGUGGGACCAAUUUUGAAUCUGAAGGCGGUUCAGGGUAACGAGGAGGUGAUGGAGUGGCUCGACAAUCAACCGGCGGCGUCGGUGGUGUUCCUCUGCUUCGGCAGCAUGGGGAGCUUCGGGAAGGAACAGGUGACGGAGAUCGCGGUGGCGCUGGAGCGAUGUGGUCAGAGGUUCCUGUGGUCCCUCCGGCGGUCGCCGGAAGCAGGGGAGGUUGGACCGCCGAGUGAGUACGGGAAUUUCGAUGAGGCACCGCUGCCGGCCGGGUUUUUGGACCGGGUGAGUGGAAUUGGGAAAGUGAUUGGGUGGGCCCCACAGACGGCGGUGCUGCGCCACGUGGCGGUGGGAGGGUUCGUGUCACACUGCGGGUGGAACUCGGUGCUGGAGAGCAUAUGGUUUGGUGUGCCGGUCGGGGCGUGGCCAAUGUACGCGGAGCAGCAGCUGAAUGCGUUUCAAUUGGUGGAGGAGCUGGGGCUGGCGGAAGAGAUCAAGAUGGAUUACCGGUGGGACGGUGGGAUGAUGGUGACGGCGGAGGAGAUCGAGGGAGGGAUACGGCGGUUGAUGGCGGCGGAGAAUGACGAGGGGAGGAAGAGGAAGACGGUGAAGGAGGUUAGUGAGAUGAGCAAAAAGGCGUUGACGGAAGGUGGCUCGUCUUGCUCUUCUCUGAGUCGUUUUAUUCAAGAUGUGAUCGAUAACAUUUCUUGA